GUCUGGAAAAACUUGCUAUCACAAAUUGUCCUUUUUUGACAACCAUGCCAUUGUUUCCAUAUCUCCGAGACUUGAAGCUGAGGAAGUGCGUGCAGCGUGACCAAAUGGUAGUAUGGUCAGCAUCAUAGCUUACUACACUCUCUACUCUUGUUAUUGACUCCUUUCCACUGAUGAGCUUUCUACCAAAAAAAUUGCUGAAAAACAAUUCACAUCUGAUAUCAUUAACUGUUACUUCCUGCCCCAAGAUUAGCUCACUACCUGAAAAUCUGGGAAUCCUCACUGCUCUGAAAUCGCUGAAAAUUGGAUGGUGUGACGAGCUAGAUACUUUGCCAAGUGGACUAAAGUACCUCACUUCACUGGAGAACUUGGAAAUCGUUGAAUGUCCUAGUAUAAUCUGUUUGCCAGAGGAAGGCAUGGAAGGCUUGUGUUCACUUCGGUCAUUUUCAAUUGAGAACUGUCCGAGCUUAACAUCUUUGCCUAUGGGUAUGAAAUACCUCACAUCUCUUGAGAACCUCACGGUUAUGUUUUUAAAUCUGGUUCAUCUGCCAGAGAAUUUUCAACACCUCUUGGCACUUAGAAGCCUGACAAUUAUAAGCUGUCCAGAGCUUAUAAGUCUGCCAGUGGGACUGCAACAUGUCCAGAAUUUACAAAUCUUGGAAAUCCAUAGCUGCCCAAAACUAAUGGAAUUGCCAGAGUGGGUGGAGCAUCUUGUUUCACUUCGAUCUUUGAAAAUCUCAGACUGCACAAAAAUAGAGUUCUUGCCAAAAGGUCUACAAUGUCUUGGUGGGCUCCAACACCUGUCCAUAAGAGACUGUCCUGUCCUUGAGAAGCGCUGCGAGAGCGAAACUGGUGAGGACUGGCAGAAGGUAUCUCAUAUUCUAUAUAAACAUGUUGGAUCAUCAGCAGUGCAGCACAGGCAAGACAUUGAAUCCACCUCACAGAAUCCUUAGUGGCCUUUGCAUUAUUGGUGGCUGACAUACAUAGGAAGCCAAUAUGUUGCAUCACUUGACAACAGAGUCAUGAUGAUUAGCUACAUCAAGAAAAGAAAGUCUUUGUUUCCAGUUACAUCUUCGCCUCUUUUCUAAAAGAUCAUGUGUAUUUUCCCUUAGCUUGGAGGAAGCAAUUCAGAUAAACAUUGGACUUUGCUUGAUCUGGUGCUGCCAUGUGAAAAUUAGGGAGAGUUGAAGGAUUCUCGUGGCCAAGUGGUUGCCAUGACUUCUGUAGAUCUGAUUGUGGCGAAACUCACUUGUCGUUUUAUCGCUUGUCAAGUCCUGGGACAGAAGUUGCAAGAAACGGAAGGUGGCCUUGCUAAUGGCCAAGUCAUCUGCUCAAGCUGUCUUGUGCAUCUCUGAGGUUACUUUGUUGGUUUAUAUUUUUCAGUUCUGCGUUUGUGUUGGUCAGUUCUGUUAUUAAAUUCCUUUAUGGUUUUUUGUUGCUUGUUUAGUUGUUUUUGUGUUGGGAGACUUGCCUCUUUGUAGCUCUUUUUUGGUUCAAUAAAGCCAAUUUACCAAAAGAACAGCUUAACUGACUCUGCAAAAUAGUGUAUUGCUUAUGCCUGGUAACAUGGACUUUCCUUUUAUUUGUUCAAAAAAGA